AUGUCUCCCUUUCAGGAGAGAAAAUCGCUACUUCCUCCGACCCCACGUCUUGCUCUCCAUCCUCCCAAAACCAUGCAACUCGCCAUUCAGCUGCAAAAGAUGUGGGCCGUUUUCCUGGCUUUCCGGAAUAUUGCGUUUAUUGUACUCUAUCCGGCAUUUUUGGCCAUAAUUCCUGCACUCAUUCCUGGCACGGCCUCGAAAGGUGCAUUUGUUCUAUUGCUGAUGGGUGGCUAUUGGUUAACCGAAGUGAUCCCAAUCUAUGUUACCGCUUUACUACCGAUUGUUCUUGGUCCAGUUCUGGGGUUGCUGAAAUCUUCUCAGGUUUGCCAGGCCUAUAUGAAGGCCUCGAAAGGUGCAUUUGUUCUAUUGCUGAUGGGUGGCUAUUGGUUAACCGAAGUGAUCCCAAUCUAUGUUACCGCUUUACUACCGAUUGUUCUUGGUCCAAUGCUUGGAUUGAUGAAAUCCUCCCAGGUUUGCCAGGCCUAUAUGAAGGAUACGAAUAUGCUGUUCGUCGGUGGACUUUUUGUGGCGACGACGAUUGAACACCGAGGUUUGCACAAGCGAAUCGCAAUCUCAGUGCUUCGAAUUGUUGGAAGUGAUCCGAAAAUGUUGAUGCUUGGAUUCAUGAUACCCACUUGGUUUCUGUCAAUGUGGAUGAGUAAUACGGCAACCACAGCCAUGAUGAUCACCAUUGUCGAAGCCGUGCUACAAAGCUUAGCUUCCAUUGAAGAAACUCUACAACAAACUGAAGAGUCAGGCGCUGAGAAUGUAACGCAGACACUCCAACUACCACAAACGUUAGAGAAAACCAUCAAAACUGCAUCUGAGGCUAAUCCGGACUUCACUUCGGCGGAACAACAUCCAGAUCGUCACGAAGCAUCGGCCAAUGGAAACGUCAAGAUAAAAGUCACAAACCACAACAAACAGAACAGUGAAUCAGUGCAUCGAACAAUAGGAAUGAAUAAUCUUUGCAUCGGACUCAGUUUGAGUAUCUGUUAUUCAUCCACGUGCGGAGGUAUUGCAACCAUUACAGGGACUGCGCCGAAUUCAAUUUUGUUUGGCUUGGUGAACGGGAGUUUUUGUAGUAGAAGCCGUGGAUCAAAACGCGAUGCAAUGGUGAAGGAGGUUGUAGCGAAAGAACUAAGGACACUUGGAAAGUUCAAGUACGCUGAAGGCCUGUGUUGCGCCCUGUUCCUGCUGAUUACGCUUCUAUGGGUCACACGUAAUGUCGGUUCAUCUGGAUGGGAUCGAUUUUUCAACCACGAUGGUGAAAUGUAA